AUGAGGGGCCACAGGUUCAUACGGCUAACAUAUGACAAGGACCAAGACACCUUCAGGUAUCUUUUUCUGGUGGCGCCCUCUGCUGUGCUCGCGCUGCUCGCCACCCACAAGUACACACCCCUAGAGGUCCUGUGGACGUUCUCGAUCUUCCUGGAGGCCGUGGCCAUCCUGCCGCAGCUGGUGCUGCUGCAGCGCACCAACAACAUCGACAACCUCACGGGCAACUACGUGUUUCUGCUGGGUACGUACCGCGGGCUGUACAUAGUCAACUGGAUCUACCGGUACUUGACUGAGAAGCACUACCGCCAGUGGGUCGUCUGGGUGUGCGGCGUGGUGCAAACGGCGUUGUACGGCGACUUCUUCUAUUACUACUACAGAGCCUGGUCAAACAACGAGCGCCUCGCGCUACCAUCCUAG